GAGCCUGAAAAGUUGCAGUCCUACCCGCCCUAAAACAAAAAAAGAAGAGGAGGACUUGGAGGUGAAGAGCCCGUCCGUGCGUGAUUCCUCCGGGCCACGGGCGCGCGCUGCGGGGUUUGUUGAGAUGAGGAGCGAACCGGUUCUGUUCGCGUCCGGCAGGGGGUCUCCACAGCCAAUCAGCUUCCUCCGUCUGUCUCCUGCAUCCUCUACCAGCAGCUACCUUCAUGUCUUCCUUCUCUGCAUCCAGAAUCCUCCUCUCUGGUCUUCCUCUAGAAUCUCCAGAACCACAACAUGUGCUGUUCCUCUGAAGUCCUCAUUCCUGAUACAUCAUCACAUCAUUCAUCUCUUCAACCUCCAGCUCUGCUUCCUGGGAAAUCUUCAGUCUGAAUUCAACCAAGUGCUAAGCUCUUAGACCCAACUUUCCAGCGAUGGAGGAGCUGCUGAGUGAGCUUCGUCUGUUUCUGGACUUGCUGGAUAGGGAGUACCUGAGCGCCGGGGUCAGAGAAAAGAAGACACAUCUGUCUAACAUCCUGAACAGAGUCCUCAAUGACAGAGGCGAAGCCACAACUACAGAGCCUUCAUUGAAGUCAGAGAUCCACAGCAGUCUUCCACUCCCUCCUCAGAUGCCCCUCCCAGAGAUCCCCCAUCCUUGGCUGGCUCCCAGCAGUGGCCCUCCUCCUCUGCCGAGUUCUUCUCUUCCAGAAGGUUACUACGAAGAGGCUGUCCCUCUGAGUCCAGGGAAGACACCUGAGUAUAUCACCUCGAACUAUGAUUCAGAUGCCAUGAGUAGUUCCUAUGAGUCAUAUGAUGAGGAAGAAGAGGAUGGAAAAGGACGAAAGAUGCAUCACCAGUGGCCUUCUGAGGAAGCGUCUAUGGAUCUGGUGAAAGAUGCCCUCAUUUGUGCCUUUCUGCUGCGCAAGAAACGCUUCGGGCAGUGGACCAAACUCCUGUGUGUCAUUAAAGACAACAAACUGCUGUGUUACAAAUCCUCCAAAGACCAAACCCCCCAGAUGGAGCUCAUCUUGUCGGGAUGCAGCAUUAUUCACGUUCCCAAAGAUGGCAAGAAGAAAAAGCAUGAACUAAAGAUUGUCCAUCAGGGGGCGGAUGCUUUGGUGCUGGCUGUGCAGAGCAAAGAACAAGCUGAGGAAUGGCUGAAGGUGAUGAGAGAGGUGUGUGUUAGUGGAAGUGCAGACAUAGAUGGAGCUGGAUCUGGACUGCCUGAACUUGAGAAGAGAACGCCAUGUGACAGACCAAAUUCAGAUGGUGAAGCAGCCCAUGAGAACGGUCACAGUGAAUGGAGAGAUCCGGGCAAAGCAAAGAAGAACUCAAAGUCCGACCCCAAAACUGGAACGGUGGGAAAGGGAGCUGGCAAGAAGAUUACUAAGAUCAUUGGUCUGGGGAAGAAGAAACCGUCCAUGGAUGAGCAGACAUCUUCUACGGAGGAGGAUGUUCCCACCAGUGGUUACCUGAAUGUAUUGUCCAAUAAUCGUUGGCGGGAGCGCUGGUGCCGCCUGAAGGACAGCCAACUGCUUCUCCACAAAGACCGAGACGACCUGAAGAGCCAUAUUGCUUCGCUUCCCCUCCAAGGUUGCGAGGUGAGCCCAGGCUAUAACCCCAAACACCGUUUUGCUUUCCGGCUGCUACGCAACGGACAGGAAGUGGCCGUGCUGGAGGCAUCCUCCUCUGAAGAGAUGGGUCAUUGGUUGGGGGUUCUAUUGGCUGAGACCGGAUCCACCACCGACCCAGCCACCCUACACUACGACUACAUUGAUGUGGAGACCACUGCUAAUGUCAUCCAGCUUGCUAAGCAGUCAUUCUGUUUCACCAGUAAGCGUGCCAUCUCUCCUAACCCGUACCUGGACAACCCAGCCAACAGUUACGCCUGCCCGUCUGGACUGGCCCUUCAUUAUGACGACGUGCCCAUAAAUGGAAUGCUGGAGGUGGGGUCCUCCAGUCUCAUCUUUAGGGGACACAGAACAAACGAGCAGCCACCGAAUGGGAAUGCUGACCUUUAUGAGAACGUGCCCUCUUCUGAACCAACCACCUGCCAUCGUCUGCAGCCUUCCUCGGCCUUCUCUUCCUCUACUGCUGCUCACUACAAGACCCCUCUAACUAAAAUUCCCUCUAAGUUCCUCUCAGCUGAUUGUUCAUCUAAAGAGUCCUGUCAGGUGAAGGGAAAGAAGGGACUGGCAGCCAACAGAGUGACUUCAAAACUGAAGCCAGAGCCCAAGAACAAGAAAAAUGGAGUCCUGGGGGCAAAUGGGACGUCGCCUGUGAAACGCAACAACUCCAAUGCAGAGCAGUGCAAGUACGGCAAGAACCGCGUGGAAGCGGACGCCAAGAGACUGCAGACAAAAGAGGAAGAGCUGCUGAAGAAGAAGGAGCUCAUUAAGAACCAUCUUACCCAGCUAAAGAAGGAAAGGAAAGAUUUGCGCAGUGCUGUGGAGGCUGUUGGUGGGAAACCUGCACAGGCGUCCCUGUCUGAGCAACUGAAGAAAUUAGAGGAUGAAUGCAAAAAGAAGGAGAACGAACGGGUCAACCUGGAGCUGGAGCUGACAGAGGUGAAGGAGAGCCUAAAGAAAGCCCUAAGUGGAGGUGUCAGCCUGGGCCUCACCAUCGAACCCAAAGCUGCCUCUUCCAGCGUCCAGUCUCCUGCCACGGUGAGACAAACGCAGGAGUCUUCUACCCUCUCCAGUUGUGACACCAGUGACACAGAGUCCUGCUCGCUCCCAGUCAACAGUGCAGCGUUGUUUCGUCUGCAGCAAAACGACCAGAAGCCUUUGACAAUCCAAGGACACGUCCUCCGGAGGGCUAAGGAAUGGGAGCAGAAGAGCGGCACAUAAUCACCCAGGUUCCAAAGGCGGGACUUACCCUUCCGUUUCUGCUGCAGAUGUUGUGCAUGUAUUUAUUUAAGUGUUUCCAAACCGUCGGUUUGCUGGCAGGACACAAGCAAAACGUUUAGGGUGUCAAAAACUUUGGCUUUAAAAUUCCCUUAGUAGCAACAGAUCCACCCACAGCAACCUUUAAAAGCCUCCUUGUUUUCUAAAAUGUGUGAUUUGUGUUGUUUGCUGCAGUUUCUCUUUAAAAUAAUCAAUUUUUUGUUUUGUCUUUUCCUAAAAAGAAAUUCUAUCAAUAACUUUGGUUAAAAAGUCAAAAAUUUGAAUUGAAUUUAUUUGUGAAAGUACAUACUUCCCAUUUUUAUUUACAUUGAUAUAUUCAACAAAUGUUCUGGAAUUGUAUUUCUCCUCCCUCCCCAGUCUUAAGGCCCGUACACACCGGGACGAAUAUUCGCCAGCCGUUAUUCGCCAGCGUUUUUCGCCACGUCUUUUGUGUUCACACCCAGGCGAUUUUCGCUG